UGCUACGGAAAAAAAUACUUUGUCAGUCGUGUUUAAUAAUUAAAACUACAGGAUUUAUAAAAAUUAGUUUUACUGAGGUAAAGACGUGAACACUGAUGUGCCUUUUUUAGAAGGCUGAUAGAGAAACUGCAUUAGUUGCGUUACAUAACGCAGAGACGUAAUUGCUAAAAAUAAAGAUAAGUGAGGAACUUGGUCAGGAUUUUUUUAAAUGGCAAGUGUGUGUGUAUUUGUCUAGUGUGGGAUGGCUUGUGGCAUCAGAUUGUUCUUUGUGGUUUCUCAUCUCUCUAUUUUGUAAACUAUAAUAUUGUCAUAGCUUUUUUGUGAAUGCAGUAGAGAAAAAAAUACAUAAUAAGCAUAAUGGAAGGUGACCAGGCAGGCACCUUAAAGUGCAUGAUUUACUUACCUGUUUUUCAGGAGAAGCAAGUAUAUUUCUGCUAGCCCUGGUAUUUUUUUUUUGACCCUGUUCUUAAAAACAUCACUGAUGGGUAAUCCUGUGGAUUACCUCAAAGCUAAACCAGUUUGACUGUUUGAAUAUCCUCACAGGUAGAUACUGUUGCAGGGCUGUCCAUAAUAGGUCAAUAAAAGCAUGAAAACAUACUUAACUUUCAAGUAUUGUGGGGUAAUUUACAUAACAAGUAUCACAACAUACCCUUUCAGUAGGAAGAAAAUCUAAUCAUGGCACCAUCAGGAAGGAAGCAUGGAGGAAAAGCUGGUAAACAAGCACAGGAAGAUCCACCCAUACCAGCUUAUGAUUUUCAGGAGGAAAGAAAAGAGCUGAGUGGAUCAGAGGAAGAUAUUAGAGAAGGUGAAACACCAGUAAUGGAGAAGCAUGGAAAGAAAAGACCUUUGGUGAAUACUCAUGUGAUUCCAGAUGAUGUGGGGGGUGAAGUACAGAACAUGCUAGAAAGAUUUGGAGCUGACAUUAACAAGGCUCUAUUAGCUAAGAGGAAAAGGUUAGAAAUGUAUACGAAAGCCUCACUCAAAACCAGUAACCAGAAGAUUGAACAUGUUUGGAAAACACAGCAGGAGCAAAGGCAGAAGCUCAAUCAUGAGUUCUCCCAGCAGUUCCUGACUUUAUUUCAGCAAUGGGAUGCAGAUGUGCAGAAAGCUGAGGAGCAAGAAGAAAAACUAGCGAAUAUGUUUCGUCAGCAACAGAAGGUUUUUCAACAGGCAAGAAUUGUUCAAAGUCAGAGACUGAAAACCAUUAAGCAACUCUAUGAGCAAUUCUUAAAGAGCAUGGAAGAGCUGGAGAAGAGCAACGAAAAUCUUCUAGCUGGUGCACAAAGUGAACUUCGCAAAGAAAUGGCUCUGUUGCAGAAGAAGAUUAUGAUGGACACUCAACAGCAGGAGAUGGCAACUGUUCGCAAGUCUCUUCAGUCCAUGUUAUUCUGA